AAGGAACUGUUUUCAUCCUUAGGAGUGGAGUAUUACAUCCUGGAACUUGAUCAAGUUGAUGAUGGGAUCAACGUUCAGGAAGUGCUGACCGAAAUUAGUAACCAGAAAACGGUGCCCAAUAUUUUUGUGAAUAAAGUGCACGUGGGCGGAUGUGACCGAACUUUCCAGGCACAUCGGAGCGGUUUACUGCAGAAGCUCCUUCAUGAAGACUCGGCUAACGAUUAUGAUCUCAUCGUCAUUGGCGGAGGCUCUGGUGGACUCUCCUGUGCGAAGGAAGCUGCCAAAUUUGGAAAGAAGGUCAUGGUGCUGGACUUUGUGGUCCCCUCGCCUCAGGGUUCAUCGUGGGGCCUUGGUGGCACCUGUGUAAAUGUGGGCUGUAUUCCUAAGAAGCUGAUGCACCAAGCAGCCCUCCUGGGUCAGGCCUUGCAGGACUCAAGGAAAUAUGGCUGGGAGUAUAACAAGCAGGUGAAACAUAACUGGGAGACCAUGACAGAAGCGAUCCAGAACCACAUUAGCUCCUUGAACUGGAGCUACAGGCUGAAACUUCGGGAGAAAGGCGUGGCCUACAUCAAUGCCUAUGGGGAGUUUGUGGAGCCAAGUAAAAUAAAGGCAACCAAUAAGAAAGGACAGGAAACUUUUUACACUGCUUCGACAUUUGUCAUAGCAACAGGUGAAAGGCCAAGGUACUUGGGAAUCCAAGGAGAUAAGGAAUAUUGUAUUACCAGCGAUGACCUUUUCUCUCUACCGCACUGCCCUGGCCGCACGUUAGUCGUAGGGGCCUCGUAUGUUGGUCUGGAGUGUGCAGGAUUUCUGGCUGGCUUGGGAUUAGAUGUGACAGUUAUGGUACGCUCUGUCCUUCUCCGUGGGUUUGAUCAAGAAAUGGCAGAGAAAGUGGGAUCCUACCUGGAAAAAGAAGGCAUCAAGUUCCAAAGGAAAUUCACCCCUGUUUUGAUUCAACAAAUGGAGAGAGGCUCGCCUGGAGUGUUGAGAGUCGUGGCUAAGUCCACUGAAGGACCAGAAACAAUUGAAGGGGUAUACAACACGGUUUUGUUAGCAGUUGGUCGUGAAUCCUGUACAAGAAAAAUAGGGCUGGAGAAGAUCGGGGUCAAAAUCAAUGAGAAGAGUGGCAAAAUACCAGUAAAUGACAUGGAACAGACCAACGUGCCUCAUGUCUAUGCUGUUGGGGACAUAUUGGAGGGAAAACCAGAGCUCACACCUGUUGCUAUACAGGCAGGCAAGCUGCUAGCUCGAAGACUCUUUGGGGGCUCUUUGGAAAAGUGUGAUUACAUUAACAUCCCAACAACGGUGUUCACGCCUCUGGAAUAUGGCUGCUGUGGGCUGUCUGAAGAGAAAGCCAUCGAAGUGUAUAAGAAAGAGAAUCUGGAAGUGUAUCACAACUUGUUCUGGCCUCUGGAGUGGACGGUCACUGGCAGGGACAACAAUACCUGUUAUGCAAAGAUAAUCUGCAACAAAUUCGACAAUGAGCGUGUGGUGGGAUUUCACCUUCUGGGGCCAAAUGCUGGUGAAAUCACACAGGGAUUUGCAGUUGCUAUGAAAUGUGGGCUCACAAAGCAGCUACUGAAUGACACCAUUGGAAUCCAUCCCACAUGUAGUGAGGUAUUUACAACGUUGGAAAUCACCAAGUCGUCAGGGCUGGACAUUACUCAGAAAGGCUGCUGA